AUGUCAGUUAGUGGAGACAACUGGCAGUGUUCGGAUGUUUCUACACUUGUUGGCAUCCCAUUUGAAAAAUUCCGUUCUACCAAUGCGGUAAUGAUUGGGUUGAGUGAAGAAUCUGUAUGCAUCAAAGGUUUUGCUGGUUACGCGUACUUACUCUGUUGCGCUACCUAUCGUCCUGGUAAAUGUGAAACAUUGUUCUGGUACCGACAGCCAUUGGCCAAGGACACUGUCAUUCAGCUGGGUGGAGCUCCUGACAUUCCUUGCACUGCCUUCUUCUAUGCUCUCAAGGGCGACACCUGUUCAUCCAUCAGCUCGCAGCUCGGCUUGAGUGUGGAUGGUCUUACCGACCUCAACCCCGGCCUCGACUGUUCGCCCAAUGGCCUCAAGGCGGGCCAGUCAGUGUGCAUCGAGCGCAGCUCUGCCUUUGCCUACACUGUCCCCGAGUGUCUGAGAUAUGGCACAGUCACAGUGCAAACCACGUGUGAGAGGCUGCUUUAA